CCGGAAGCGCGGCCGCGGAGCGGGUGGUCCCACGCCUGAGAGGCUCAGUCAUGCAAGAAAACCUCAGAUUUGCUUCCUCAGGCGAUGAUAUUAGAAUAUGGGAUGCUUCGUCUAUGACAUUGGUGGAUAAAUUCAACCCCCACAUGCCACCACAUGGAAUCAGUUCGAUAUGUUGGAGCAGCAAUAAUAACUUCCUAGUGACAGCGUCUUCCAGCGGAGACAAAAUAGUGGUGUCAAGUUGCAAAUGUAAACCCGUCCCGCUUUUGGAGCUUGCUGAAGGGCAAAAGCAGACAUGUGUCGAUUUAAAUUCCACAUCAAUGUAUUUGGCAAGUGGAGGCCUAAAUAACACUGUUAAUAUUUGGGAUUUAAAAUCAAAACGAGUUCAUCGGUCUCUUAAGGAUCAUAAAGCUGAAGUCACUUGUGUGGCAUACAAUUGGAAUGAUUGCUACAUUGCUUCUGGGUCUCUCAGUGGUGAGAUUGUUUUGCACAGCUUAACCACGAAUACAUCCAGUACACCUUUUGGCCAUGGAAGUAAUCAGCCUGUCCGGCACGUGAAGUACUCCCUGUUUAAGAAGUCUCUCCUCGGCAGUGUUUCGGAUAAUGGAGUAGUGACCCUCUGGGAUGUCAACAGUCAGAGCUCAUACCAUAGCUUUGACAGUACACACAAGGCUCCUGCUUCAGGCAUCUGUUUCUCUCCUGUCAAUGAACUGCUGUUUGUAACCAUAGGCCUGGAUAAGAGAAUCAUCCUCUAUGACACUUCAAGUAAGAAGCUGGUGAAAACUUUAAUGGCCGACACUCCUCUGACUGCAGUAGAUUUUAUGCCUGAUGGAGCCACUUUGGCUAUUGGGUCUUCCCGUGGGAAAAUAUAUCAGUACGACUUAAGGAUGCUGAAAUCCCCCGUGAAAACCAUCAGUGCCCACAAGACAUCUGUACAGUGUAUAGCGUUUCAGUAUUCCACAACUCUGACGAAGGCAAGUUUAAAUAAAGGCUGCUCAAAUAAGGGCACAUCAGUGAACAAACGGAGUGUUGCUGUGAAUAGCAGCAGUGGGGCUGCUCAGAAUUCUGGAACCGUCAGGGAAGCAACUGCCCCUUCCAUUGCCACAGUUCUCCCGCAGCCUGUGACCACAGCCGUGGGCAAAGGAGCCGGUGCUGCUCAGGAUAAAGCAGGCUUGUCUUCUCGAAGCGUAAAUACAGAUAUUUUAUCUAAGGAAACAGAUGGUGGAAAGAGUCAAGAUUUCUCCAGCUUUGAUGAUACUAGGAAAAGUAGUUUAGGUGACAUGUUCUCACCAGUCAGAGAUGAUGUUGUAGUCAGCAAAGGAGGUGAUGAAUCUGUAGGCAAAGGAGAUGGCCUUGACUUUCUACUGCAGCUGAACUCAGUGUUCCCCCCGAGAAAAAAUCCAGUCGCUUCCAGCACUCUGGUGUCGCACGCCAGCCCUCUUGCCGUCUUCAUGGAAUCUCCAGGGAAAGAAGACGGUGAAAGCCCUGAUCUGGCAGCUGAGGCGAAGAGAGCUUUCCUGGGGAAGCAGGAGCCGAAGGACUCCUUGAAGCAGUUUGCAAAGUUGAUCUCCUCUGGUGCUGAGCCUGGAUUUCUAAAUACCUCUCCAUCAUCUAACCAAAUAAGAAAUCUCGACAAGUAUGAAAAGCCAGAAAAAGAAACUGAAGCCCCAUUGAUACAUGAGCCCUCAGUCAAUGGAUCCUCAACUCCAGUUCCAAAGGUAGCGUCCUCGGUCACUGCUGGAGUAGCCAGCUCACUCUCAGAGAAAAUAGUCGAUACCCUUGGGAGCAGUCGGCCCAGCGCACCGCUGACCUCUGUUCAGAUCCGCUUCAUUCAGAACAUGAUACAGGAAACCUUGGAUGACUGCAGGGAAGCGUGCCAUAAGGAUAUUGUGAAUUUGCAAGUGGAGAUGAUUAAGCAGUUUCAUAUACAGCUGAAUGAAAUACACUCUUUGCUGGAAAGAUACUCUGUGAAUGAAGGAUUGGUGGCUGAAGUCGAACGGCUGCGAGAAGAAAACAAAAGACUACGAACCCACUUCUGAAGACUCAGAAUACCUUAAUUUUUAUGAUGGGGAAGCUUCUGGCAACUAAGAAUGAAAUAGAGUCAGUAUUGUUUUUAUGGCCUUGACAAUGGGUUUUGCACCAGGCACUAUUCCAUCUCUAUCAGACAUAUUUAUAUUUUUAUAUUAAAACUGCACAGAAUACCUUCUUCCUAAUAGGGAAGUGAACAGGAUCUUUAUGUUCUGAAUGCCUUAGCUAUACACUAAGUGCCCUUUGCCUAAGAGAAGAAAAUGUGCGUAUAAGGCUGGGUUUAUGUUUUACAAGUGACUCUUUAAAACAGUUAUAUUUUUGAUGGACAAAUUAUAUUCCAAAUUUUCUUUUUAGGUAGCCAGCGUUCAAAACAUUGGUAUACCCUCUAUUUUAUGAAGAAAUAACUUUAGAGCAGCAAUUGGAUUUUUUCAUGCUGCUGAUUAGUCAUUAUCUUUGUUAACUGAUGACGUCAGGUCUGACUUAUUUAUUGUUCGAUGUAUGAUGCUUGUAUUUUAAAACUUUGAGUUGUACAGAUACAUGGUACCUUUGACAUUUCUGCUUGUGAGGGCUCCCUAUUCUGGUUUCCGACCUUUACACGUGAAAAACUAAUAAGGUUUUGGAAAAUUCAAGGGCUAUACAUCUGCUAAUUGUCUAAUGGAUUGAUGGUAUGCAAAAUCAUGCUAUAAGGUUUUAAUCACUGUGGGUCAACUUAUAAUCAGUGAAAAUUUAUUAUAUGGUAAUAAAUAUUAUAAUAUUGUUGCCAUUUUUCUCACAAGUAAAAAGCAUAGAUUAUUUUUCUGUGUUUUAUACCAUUAACUUUCUCUAAUUAUAGUAUGCUACAGAUAGUAUUUUUCUAUUACUAGCCUUACCAUAGCAUUAUCUAUAUAGGUUCAUCAUGGAAAGAAUUUACACAUCGGCAGCAGCUGGGCAUGCUCAUCCACCUGCUGUGAUCCACGGUUUGAUAGGACUGGAGUAGGAGAGCUACUCAUCCAUUAACAUUCUUGUUGCCUCUCGCCCAAAGAUUUCAACUGUGUACUUUGUAUAUACGUCUGUUGCCCAGUUUUAUUUUCUGGGAUCAAAAUAUUUACUAAGAUGUAGCUUAGUUUGCUAACUUUAUGGGUUUCUAAAGUGAUGGAAGGCUUAAGGAUAUACGUAAUAAAUACAAACCUAUGAAUAAUUAUUUCCCAGGUGACUCAGAGAUGCUGCGAUCUUUUCCUAGCGGAUAUGGCAGCAUUAUGACUUGUAACAAGUUUCCUUAUCUGUCACUCAAGCAAGGUUAGAAUGCAGAAGUACUUUGUCUGUAUGCUGUAUUUUUAUCUAUUAAUAUUUUCCUACUUCCUUUUUCUAUAGGUGUAUAUAUUGUAUAUUAAAAGGGUCUGGUAAAACUAGUAAUUUUAUGUGUAUAGGUGAAACACUUGUCAUGGAUUUAAACACUUGAGUAUAGUAAAUAAAUUUUUUUUUUGUUUUCAAAGCAUA